UUAAAACAAAUUGAAGGUUUUUUACUGGAAAAAGAAAAGAACAGCUGAUUCCUUAGAGUGUCUUGUAGUAGUUUAAAAAUGUCUUGUUCAGCAUUCGGUUAUAUACUAAGAAAGUGUUACCAGUUAACUUUCAACACACUAUAAAAGAGUCAAUGUUUUAGGACAACACCAAUAAACAAGUUCACAGCUAUUAAGAUCGACACAGUGUGUCAUGGUAAACUUGUCAAUCACAAGGUCUUAAUGCAUAGCCUACUUUAUGAUCUUAUAUUGGACCAUAAUUUACGACAGGAAGAUCAUGCUGCAUCAAAGAAAACUUCAAACCUGCUAUUGAGACCUUUAACUUGUUAGAAAAAUGUUUUCCAAGAUAAUAAAUCAAGUGAGAAGUAGGGUCAUUUUCUCAUAGACUUCUAUACAAUGAGACUUCUUUCUGUGGCCAUUAGAAAGACUGCAGGCUUAAGGCACUUGGCACUGGGCUCACUUAAAAGACACCCAAAGCUGCAGCUGGAGGUCUAAUUGGUUGGCCAAUCACUUCUUUUGGGGGAGGGGUUUCGUAAAUGUUCAGAUAAUUUGCUUUAGAAAAGUAGAAAAACUUUGAAAGAAAAACUUAUGAUCUCUUCAUUUUGAUUGCAGAUUAAUGUGAAAUGACAUGACAGCACAUUUGAACAAUUGUGUUCUCUACCCUAUAUGUAUUGUAUAUAUUUAGCUAAAUUCUUGUUCAAGUUCAAGUUUGUCCACAACGCAACAUACAUACACAUGGUCACACAGCCAUGAACACAUUCCUUCACACUUGUUUUUCAUCAAUGGAAAUAAAUGCAUAGCAAGUGGAAAGUGCCUGACCUUGGUGUAAUCAACAGCACAUCAUUGUUCCAGCAUUUAUCAGAUAUCAAUCAUUGCGCUGUCUUUUAUCACUGAGCGUGGUGUGACCAAAGGCUGGCCGAAACCAACUGAUCACAGCCACACAAUCACACCACACUGGUUUAUUACAGCUAUUUGAAAGGACACAUCCAUAAUCAGAAAUUAUAAUAUCAACACACACACACACACACACACACACACACACAUUAAAAACACUAACUAUAAUGUGUCAAGUAAGGAAAAACUGGAAUACAGUAUGUCCAUUAAUUAAUAUCCAAUCGUCAAAAGCAGAGAUUGGAUUUUCAUAAAAAGAUGUAUCCAUCCAAGUAUAUGCACAUACACACACCACACAUGUACAUGCACAACACACACACACACACACACAUACACAGAGACAUUUCCCAUGAACCUGGCCUGAACCGCACUCGAUCCUGCACAAACAACGAGGGCAGGCAUUACUUCCACUUAAUUCCGAGCAGACGCUUUGAUAAGACUGCAGUGAAACCUGUGGCAAACCUCCCACCACCACCACCACCACCACCACCCCUCACCUCACACACACAGGCCCAGAACUUCUGCUCUUUCUUAUCAGUUUGUUUGUGGUUGCCUUAGAUUUGAAGGAAGACUUUCUCUCCUUUGCAGAAGGAAAAACAUUAAAGCUCAGUCCACUUUUAAGAUGACUCAUAAAUUUUGACCUGUACUGUUUAACUUUCAUACCAGGAAUGUGAUUAUCAGAGUACUAGUGUGUGUUAUCACAUUAUUUUGGAAUACGACUAUUUUCUCAACAACCCUGACUCCUGCAGACUAUUUUUACCCUUGCAGCGCAUGCAGAGUGCUGCAGCCGACCAUGGCGUUGUUUCCCAUCCUGAAAAGCUACUUGAUUUCCACUUCAUAACAAUGACCUGCCCUGUCCUGUCCUGUCUGUCCUGUCCACAUCCUCCCUAUCCUGCCCAUCGGCACAAUAUCUUCCAAAUGCUCUUCGGGGGCGGAAAGUCUCAGCUGAAAGUUGCAGGUUACAGAUAUCAGUAAGAACAAUGGUCAAGGAUAAGGAGGGCGUCCAGCCUGUUGUGCGCAACGGGGACUUCAUCAUAAUUGCUGUUAAUAAUUACAGUCGUGAUAAGCGGCAGAGGUGGCAUUUAUUGAUGGCAAAGCCGUCUUAGGUCCCAGUUGAUCUCCGGGAGCAGGAGGAGGAAGAGUGGAGAGUUUGAGACAGAUAAGGACACUGUCAGAGCCACAUAGAGAGGAAGCAGCGGUCCUCCAGGCAGCAGAGGCGACAUGAUGCGACCGGGAGCGAAGCAGUAUGUGGUGGCCAGGCCGCUAUACUCGGAGGAGUCCUUCGAAGAGGACCAUGAGAAGGUCUACAGGCACCACAAGACCAUGCUGGACCACGUGAAGCAGUACUUCACAUGUGACGCCAAGCGAGCCAAGAACGCAGCUCUCUCUCUCCUGCCGGUCAUCGGCUGGAUGAAAAUCUACAGAAUCAAAGAGUGGCUGAUCAGUGACAUCGUGUCGGGGGUCAGCACUGGACUGGUAGCUGUCCUGCAAGGUCUGGCUUACUGUCUGCUGGCCUCUUUGCCACCAUGGUACGGACUCUUUUCCGCCUUUUUCCCUGUUGUCAUUUACUUUUUCCUUGGCACCUCCAGGCACAUCUCAGUGGGUCCGUUCCCAGUCUUAUGUCUGAUGAUUGGCUCGGUGGUCACCAGGUUGGUCCCAGAUGAGGGUCCACCCGCCAACAUCACAGGGUUUGAAGGUCUGACCAGAGAUGAACAGAGAGUGUUGGUGGCUUCUUCCGUGAGCUUCCUUGCUGGUAUCAUGCAGCUGGCAAUGGGUGUUAUGCAGGUGGGCUUUGUUGUCAUGUACCUGUCCGACACUCUGGUGUCCGGCUUCACCACAGCAGCUGCUGUCCACAUCCUGGUGUCCCAGCUCAAAUUUGUGUUAGGGUUGACCGUCCCAGGCAUCAGUGGUCCACUCGCUAUCAUAUACACUCUGGAGAUAAUCUUCAAUAAGAUCACCUCCACCAAUGUGUGUGAUGUGGUGAUCUCCAUAGUGAUAAUGGUAGUGGUGUUCAUUGUGAAGGAGCUGAAUGACAGAUUUAAAUCCAAGCUGCCGGUGCCCAUCCCUAUAGAGGUUAUCAUGACGGUUAUUGCUUGUGGAGUUUCAUACGCGUUUGACUUCAAGACAAAAUAUGGCAUUGAUGUUGUUGGCCAUAUUCCAAAAGGGUACGAACCUCCAAUGGCCCCAAACCUGCACCUCUUCCAGGAGACAGCAGUGGAAGCAUUUCCCAUCGCCAUAGUGGGUUUCGCUGUUGCCUUUUCCGUGGCAAAAGUCUAUUCCAUAAAACACGAUUACACAAUAGAUGGCAACCAGGAGCUGAUAGCAUUUGGAGUCAGCAACAUCUUUGGAGCCUCCUUCAAGUCUUUUGCUGCGAGUACGGCUCUUUCCAGGAGUGCAGUGCAGGAGAGUACGGGUGGCAAAACUCAGGUAGCAGGUUUACUGUCAGCUAUCAUAGUGAUGAUAGUCACAUUGGCCAUUGGAUUCCUACUGGAGCCACUCCCUAAGUCUGUGCUGGGUGCUGUGGUCAUUGUCAACCUGAAGGGCAUGCUGAUGCAGGUCAGAGACAUUCCGUACCUGUGGAGGAGGGACAAACCAGACUGUGUGGUGUGGUUAGUUACCUUUAUUGCAGCCAUCUUGCUGGGGCUGGAUCUUGGAUUGGGUGUCGGCCUCGGUAUAGAGCUGAUCAGUGUUGUCCUCAGGGCUCAGUUCCCUCGCUGCAGUGUGCUGGCCAACAUCAAAGGAACUGAUAUCUACAAAGACAGAAAGGACUAUAUUGAUUUAUAUGAACCAGAGGGAGUGAAGAUCUUCAGGAUACCUUCUCCAAUCUUCUUUGCCAACAUCGACUUCUUCAAGAGCAAACUGGUGGAAGCUGUUGGAUUUAACCCACUGAGAGUGUUGAGGAAGAGAAAUAAAGCUCUGAGGAUGAUCCGAAAGCUUCUAAAGAAGGGAGACCUUCAAUGGACAUCAAAAGGCUUCUUAAAUACCUCAUGCGGACCCAUCAAGGAAUCAGACGAUGAGAGCAACAUGGAGGAGCUGGAUCAGCCCACUGACUUUAAGGAUCUCCCUGCCCGGAUCAACUGGAACGCCCAGCUUCCUGCCAAUAUCAUCGUUCCCAGAGUGGAGGUCCACAGUCUGGUCCUGGACUUUGCUGCUGUCUCCUUCCUGGACAUCUCUGCUCUGAAGGGACUCAAAACAGCAGUCAAAGAGCUGAUCCGGGUUGAAGUUGAGGUCUACAUUGUGGCUUGUGACACUUACAUCCUGAAGAAGCUGCAUGACUGUUGCUUCUUUGACGAUGAAGUUCAGCCGUCGAUGUUCUUCCUGACGCUGCAUGACGCCAUGCUGCACAUCCUGGAGAAACAUCCAGAAUCUACAGAAAAGAAAUCUGACUUUGACAAGAUCAUAACAACAGUCACGGUUCAUCACGCUGGAGACAAUUUGAGGAGCAGAGAUAGAAAGCCUUCAGAUCCAGAAACCAGGUUCUAACAUCUUAAUGAGAAGAUGAUGGGAGAAAACACCAAAAAUACCAAAGACAAAAAGAAUAAAUGUUUUACAAAUCAUGCUGUACAAUAAACUGAUGUAGUGAAUAACAAGAAUCAGACAAGUUUACAUCUACAGUAUAUACUGUAAUGUAAGAAAACUAAUUUCAUUGUAUUGAUGUUUUUUUUUACUGUAUAUAGUGAAUUUGUAGACAUUUUAGGUAAAAUAUUUUACAUGUUGUACAUAUAUAUUUUUAUGAUAAUGAGAAUAAAUGAACCCUGUCCUCAAAAUGAUGUGCUCUGCUUGGGACCAAAGCAAUGUGAAAAAGAUUGAAUGUGUAGUGGCUGAAAUAUUGAAAUAAAUAUUGUAUCACUCUCA